AUGAGACGCAUCGCUAAAAGGGGGGACGCGUCGCGCCUUUAUCUGGGCACCUGCGCCUAUGCGUGCUCAGCAAGCCGCCAACUUCCUCUACACUCUCCUUCACCCUCAUCGGCAUCUCACCACCCAUCUCCGCCGAUUCCAAUCGCCGCCAUCACCAUAGAAGCCUCUCAACAGUCGAGGGCAUCACCAAGCUCGAUAGUUCUCGUCUUCGCCUACUGCUUCCCGUUCUUUUCUUUUCCCUUUCGCUCCAUCCGCCGCCAAGGGCGUGCUUCUGUUGCUCCGGUCGUGGUCGCCACCCCAAAGGGUUGUCGAGUUUGUGUAGGUUAUCACCAGUCGAGUUGGGGUGCGUUUCCUUGUAUGCCUGUUGCUGUUGGCCAGAAAAGCAUGGGAACCACCAUGGCAGCCGCCAUGGCGGCUAUCACCUUGCUACCGUCGCCUUAUGCCACAAAGAGGGUGGUUGGCUUCCCUCUCCGAGUAAAGGAAUGA